AGCCAUCCCCAAGCGAUUCUGAAUCCCCAAAGCCCUAACAGCCACCCAUAGAUUCAUGCCUCGCGCCCUCCGUCACGUCCUCGCCGCAUGGAUCAUCGCGUUGUUGGGGUGUCGUUUCACCCCGGCACACGCUCUGAAGGUGCCCUUUAGACUAAACGACGCCCUCCCCGUGCUGCCACGUGGCAUAUCGUGGCCCGUCCUGAAUAACCUCCACAGCGCCGUGGACUUGCUCCCUUAUUUCGUUGGCUCCCUCACUCCCACCAACGCUUCCAUCCACUGGAAAGGCGCUUGCUUCCAUCGCAACACAGCCACUCUUCACUUCACCCCCUCUUCCCAGGGUGCCAUUCUCUAUCUCAAGACAGAGGCUGCACAUAGCUGGACAUGCAUGGAUCUCUAUGUUUUCGCAACACCCUACAGGGUUACCUGGGACUACUACUUCUCUUCGCGGGAGCAUACUUUGAACUUUGACUCGUGGGAAGACCCUGCGGAGUUAGAAUAUGUGAAGCAGCAUGGCGUUUCCGUGUUUCUAAUGCCGUCGGGGAUGUUGGGAACGUUGCUUUCUCUCAUUGAUGUUUUGCCGUUGUUCUCUAACACUGCAUGGGGUCAGAAAGCGAACCUGGAGUUUUUGAAGAAGCACAUGGGGGCUACGUUUGAGAAACGCAAGGGGCCAUGGCGUGCGACCAUUGAUCCUGCAGAGGUUCAUACUGGGGACUUUUUAGCCGUGUCGAAGAUCCGUGGCCGGUGGGGUGGAUUUGAGACGCUGGAGAAGUGGGUGACUGGUUCAUUUGCCGGUCACACUGCGGUCUGUUUGAAGGAUGAAUUGGGAAAUUUGUGGGUUGGGGAAUCGGGACACGAGAAUGAAAAGGGUGAAGAAAUAAUAGGGGUGAUUCCGUGGGAAGAGUGGUGGGAAUUGGCUCUUGAAGAUAGUUCCAAUCCGCAGAUUGCGUUGCUUCCCCUUCAUCCGGAUAUACGAGCGAAAUUUAACUCCACUGCAGCGUGGGAGUAUGCGCGGAGCAUGUCUGGCAAGCCUUAUGGUUAUCAUAAUAUGAUAUUCAGUUGGAUUGAUACUGUAGCUGACAACUAUCCUCCACCUCUUGAUGCUCACUUGGUAAUUUCUGUCAUGUCUAUGUGGACUAGAUUGCAGCCAGCUUAUUCUGCAAAUAUGUGGAAUGAAGCAUUGAAUAAGCGGUUAGGGACUGAGGGUUUGGAUUUGCAUGAUAUUAUAGUAGAAACUGAGAAGCGUGGGAUACCUUUCGAUCAAUUACUCACCAUUCCAGAACAAGAUGAAUGGGUGUACAGUGAUGGGAAGUCGACAACUUGUGUUGCCUUUAUCCUUUCAAUGUAUAAAAAGGCUGGAAUUUUUGGUCCCAUUUCUAGCUCCAUUCAAGUAACUGAGUUCACUAUACGUGAUGCAUACAUGCUCAGAAUUUUUGAAGACAACCAAACACACCUACCAAGUUGGUGCAACAAUGAGAAUGACCAGCUUCCAUUCUGUCAGAUUCUUGGUGAGUAUAGGAUGGAACUGCCUGGCUAUAACACCUUGGAGCCUUAUGCCAACAUGAAUGAGUACUGCCCUUCUCUUCCUCCAACAUAUGAUAGGCUUUCUCGAUGUUAGAUCUUUCUAUCUGCUGUCAUGUUAUUUCAAAUUGCCUAUUAAAUUUUACAGACAGCUUCAGGUACUUUGCUGUUCUAGAAUUGUCUAUAAACCAUCAGACACGUCAAUGUGUAUUUACAGCUUGAUAGUCAAGUAUAAAAAAGAGUAAAAAAUAAAAGUAGUAUACUUAAUGUUUAAAAUACAAAUACAGUACAUCAUUGAUGUUCAAUAAUCAUGAAGGUUUGCUAACUGCUUGAAUAAUAAUCAUCAUAUGAGCUGCAAAGCUUUGUAUAUAUGGUGAUGUUGAGUCGUUUGGCCUAUAUGAAAGUUGACUCAUAAAGAAGAAAUCAGUGACUAACUUAAUCAUGCAAAUCAUUUGAGAGAGUUGGAUCGUCUAAAAAGUUGUAAUCAUGCACUAUGAUCCGCUGAUCAAUGAAUUAUUUAAUAGAAAUUAUGGUUGCUGCAAUGAUAAUGCCACUAUGCAGGCCUCUUGCAUUGCUUGUAAUGCACGUUCUGUCUUCGUGUCUGUUGCAUGGUCUAAUUAAAUGCAUAAUCUUCCUACUUAGUGAAGAGAAACUUUAGUUCUAACCUUAAUUUUAUGGUAAAAUAUACUUUCAGUGAUGAAAAAAGGAAUGUUGUCCUCUCCAAUGCAGACAUUUCAGCUAGGAGUGAAAUUUUGCUCUUUCUUUUUGGAUAAGGAUCCUUUUAUGUUAGUAUGGAACUUGACAAUACGAGAAUGACAUUAAAUUAAUAGGCCCUAUAUAAAAUAAUGGUGUGUUCUUAUUAGAAUUGUUUUGUGUAUUUCUCUUUCAUAAUAUGACAUUGUCAUGCGGUCCAAAUUCAUUUUCUUUCUGUUAUCCUUUGGAAAGGUGCCCAUCAGAGUAUAGAAAAAAAAAUUCCAAUUUGCAUCCACCCAAGUUUGACCAUAGGCAAUACGAAAAUGCUAUUGUUUUGGAACAUUCAGGUUUAAUAUUAAGACGUGACGCACUGAUGCUGCCAUGCUGGUAGAUAAAACAGUUUGAUACAGCAAUAAAAUUCUUCAGUACUUCCAUUGAACAUUAAAAUUGAGCUUUCUAACUUUCCAAUUAUGCGGGGGAUGAUGCGCCAUCUAGGUAUACUUAUUAAUUAUAAAAUUAUAACUGAUAAUAAUCAAUAGAGAUCAGCAUUGAGAUCUGAACCCAAACAGUUAAAAUACAGGUGGCAGAGUAGUUUGUUAGUUGUGUGAGUUUGAUGUGUUGGUAUUGUAAUUCUUUGUGUUUGUAGUUGAUUUUGUAGUUUUGCUCUCAUUUACAUAAAUACAUGCACUCCACUUUACUGCAUCUUAUUCGUUCAAUAAACAAUGAUUUUCUAUGGAACAUUCCUUUGCUUUGAGUUAUGUGAUUUUUGGCCUCACCAAGUUAGGGUCACUUGCACCCUAUAUCCAAGUUCUGAUAUGGAUAUCAAAGUUGUAUAUGAUUAAGAGAGUAUUAAUUACCCCAUAGAAAAUGAAAUUGAGUAGAGCUUUGAAUUCGUUGAAGACAGUGAGAAGGAAGAGAUGGUUGAAGACAAGGUGUAGGAAACACAAGGUCUGAGAGAGUUGAAUCUUGUGAUUGACCCUGAAUUGCUGCAACAUCUUUAUGCUAAUGUCAAAACUAGCAUUGCCUUUUCCUCUCUUUGAUUUUCUUCCAGAGCAUUCCUCUUCAUCUCCAUCUGCUUAUGAAGGAAAUAGAGAUGGCACAAGAUCAUAAUGAAUAGAGUACAAACUCUGUGGAGGUUCAAUGCCUUGAGGUUGCACCAUUCAUGUUGAAGGAAGUUGUGGAAGAUGAGCAAGUGGAGUUUGAAUCACGAGUCGGUUCAGCUCAAGGCUCUAUGAAUGUGAUUGUAGAGAAGCAAAUGCAAGAGGAUCCCAUCUGAGUGCCCCACUAACAAGAAGAUGGGGUUAGAAGGAUUCUUGCUACUGGUUUCAUUUUUUAUACACCUUCAAUGAAAGGGUGAUCCUU